AGGAGCAGUCCCAGCCCGACCCGCAGGCACGGGGACCGCGCGCGCCCGGCCGGGGACCCGCCGAACCGAGCCCGCGCCCCCGCCUCCGCCUUGGUCUUCAGAACCGUUUUCUGGCGGCACCAGAACUCGGGCUCCUCCCGCGCGGCGGGCGCUGCUCGGCAGUAACUCCGUCUCCCGGAGCCGCGAGCUUCCCUCCGACCCGCCCGCCGCUGCCGCCCGCGUUGGUUUGUUUUGCGCGCAGCAGCGGGAGCCGCCGGGUUUGGGCUCUUUCUGGUUUUUUCCUUCUUCCCUCUCUGUUUCUUUCCCUCUCAUUGCUUUUUCUCCCCAAGCAGAUCGCUUUCCCCUCUUCCUGCCUCUUUCCUCCGCGCUCUCUCCCUCCCGCCCUGGGUCCCUCCCCGGGCGGCUCUGCGCUCCCUGCGCCGCCGCCGCCUCCUCCGCGGUCCCCGCCGCGCGCGCCCGCCCUCGGAUGCGCUGAGAGCCCCCGGCGCGAGUUUAUGGAAAUAGUGGGGUGCCGAGCCGGAGACGACGCGUGUCCCUUCCGCCCCCCAGCCAUGCUCUUCCACGGCAUCUCCGGAGGCCACAUCCAGGGCAUCAUGGAGGAGAUGGAGCGCAGAUCCAAGGGCGAGGCCCGCUUGGCCAAGGGCGCGCAGCUCAACGGCCGCGACGCGGGCCUGCCCCCGCUGAGCCCGGAGAAGCCCGCGCUGUGCGCCGGCUGCGGGGGCAAGAUCGCCGACAGGUACUACCUGCUGGCGGUGGACAAGCAGUGGCACCUGCGCUGCCUCAAGUGCUGCGAGUGCAAGCUGGCCCUGGAGUCGGAGCUCACCUGCUUCGCCAAGGACGGCAGCAUUUACUGCAAGGAGGACUACUACCGGAGGUUCUCCGUGCAGCGAUGUGCCCGCUGCCACCUGGGCAUCUCCGCCUCCGAGAUGGUCAUGCGCGCGCGCGACGCCGUCUACCACCUGAGCUGUUUCACCUGCUCCACCUGCAGCAAGACGCUGGCCACGGGCGACCACUUCGGCAUGAAGGACGGCCUGGUCUACUGCCGCGCGCACUUCGAGAGCCUCCUGCACGGGGAGUUCCCCGCGCCGCUGAGCUACACGGAGCUGGCGGCCAAGGGCGGCGGCCUGGCGCUGCCUUACUUCAAUGGCACGGGCACCGUGCAGAAGGGGCGGCCCCGCAAGCGGAAGAGCCCGGCCUUGGGAGUGGACAUCGUCAAUUACAGCUCAGGUUGCAACGAGAACGAGGCCGACCCCCUGGACCGCGACCAGCAGCCCUACCCGCCCUCGCAGAAGACCAAGCGCAUGCGCACCUCUUUCAAGCACCACCAGCUGCGGACCAUGAAGUCCUACUUCGCCAUCAACCACAACCCGGACGCCAAGGACCUCAAACAGCUCGCCCAGAAGACGGGCCUCACCAAGCGAGUGCUGCAGGUUUGGUUCCAAAACGCACGAGCCAAAUUCCGAAGGAACCUCUUGCGGCAGGAGAACGGGGGUGUGGAUAAAGCCGAGGGCCCGCCGCUCCCAGCGCCGCCCCCCGACAGCGGCCCGCUCACCCCGCCAGGCCCGGCCGCCCUCCCAGACCUGGCCGACGCCCCCCUCACUGUAGUGACAGCCGUGCCCUCGAGCAUGGACAGCCGCGAGCCCUCCAGCCCCUCCCAGACCACCUUAACGAGCCUUUUCUAA